UUUUACUUUGUUUCAAUAAUUCUUAACAGAAAAUGAAUACACCUUCAAAGAUGAAGCUUGAACCUGUGUACUUAGAUGAACUUAACACUUAGAGCAAAGACUACAAGGUUAAAUAGACUGUAGCUGAAAAAGGAAGGGCUCAACCAUCACCAAAAAAAACCAGGUGUCAUAUUCCAGACAAUUAUCUUAGAAGAUGAGAAGAAAAACAGAAUGAGAUGUGCUCUUUUUGGAGAUCAAAUCCAUGCAUAUGAAGAUGUCUUAAAACCAACUGGCCAAUAUGAAAUAUCAAAAGCUCCUAUAACAUAUAUGGAUGAGCAGUACAAGAUUAACCUUGAAGAGCUUCCAUAUCAGAUGACUAUUGGCCACCAGACAAUCGUUCAGCGUUUAAAUCCAGAAGCUGGUCCAAUUGAGCCUAAAUAUCAGCCACUGUCAACUCUCCCACGAUCGCCUGAUCCUAAUGGCAGAUUUGAUAUUGUUGGUGUGGUUCUGUUUGUUGAGGAUGCACCUCGAAUUAUAUCUAAUAUACGUGGGCGCGACAGUCCAGUUCGUGAAAUAUCUGUAACUGACACAAGCCAAGACCAUGCUAUGACAAUUUCAGCAUGGAAUGAUCUCACUGGUAAGCCCUGUGAUGCAAUAAGUAAUUGGGCUGAAAGAUUCAAUGUUGUCGGCUUUACUGCACUUAAGACUCGCCAUACAAGAGGAUUCACUUUGAACACUACUAUGUCUACUAGGAUCAUUAUGAACCCUAAAGGAGAAAGAGCAGAUAUGCUACGAGAAUGGGUCAAAUUAUAUCAGCAUGUUUUUCUUGAUAGACAAGAAAAAAUCCUGAAUGUUAGAUACCCAAGUGCUGAGAAAAAAGUAGUGACCAUAGCAGAACUUCGCAGCAAAAAGGCAUCGAAUGCUAUUCCGGAUGAAGUAGCAUGGAUUAGAGUCACUAUACCAGACCCUGACCUACAAAGAGUUAAUGCUUACAUUGGCUGUCUAGGGUGUGGAAAGCGAACACAUCUCCCUAUUGGAACCCGCUUCCCUUGCAUUUCUUGCAAAAAAGCAGAAACAACAGCUGCUUACAGGUACUUUAAAUGA